CCGAUGCAGCUGCAGUGCUCCAGUCAGCUCUCUCUCAAGGAGAGGAAGCGCUGGUUAUCAUUGAAGGCUGGUUGCUAGAAUUGAUUGAAGUGGACGUUAAUCGAUUCCGACAAGCAUCAGCAGCGGUGGUGGGGCAACGCGCGCAUGCAGCUGGUAUUUUUCUCUGCUGGCGUUUGUCGAUCCAUUGGAGAAGGCAAGGUCGGAGCGGCCCCACUUCUCCGCCCCUCGAACAAUUUUUGGCGGUUUGACCGCUGCAAUAUUUUCCAGAUCGAUCACAUUGGUGAGGGGGGUUUACGGCUUAAGCCAGUCGCGAUUGAUUCGAUGCCACAUGGUAUAUGAGCUCUUCCGAGUUCGUAACGGUCGAAUGCCUCCCCAGUCCUCAGUUGUUUGGCAUUCCCACCUCGUGGACCGACCGCACUUGGCCCGAUGCAGCUAACUUUGCAUGGUCGAUGAGGAAUAGGCAGAGUGACUGAUUUCGGGAGUGACUCUGGGUUGAGUUUGCUGGGAUUGAAGAGAUCCAGGGGACGCUCUGACCAACAGUGGAAGAUGAGGCGAGUAGUAGUGAUUUGGGUGUUGCUGCUCCAAAUGGUCACGACAUGGAGGUUAGGAGUGAAAGGGGAUUGGUACGAGACAGUGGUGGAGAAUGCAGGGAUUUCAACAAUGCAUGCGGCGGUGACGAACACUGGCUCUGUGAUACUUCUCGACAGAACCAACAUUGGGGAUUCUCAACUCAGUCUUCCUAAUGGCGUGUGUCGUGACAAUCCUGAAGAUCGGGCUAACACACACGAUUGUACAGCGCAUUCAGCUCUGUUCACGCCCAACGGAAAUGUAAUUCGACCAUUAUUUGUGUACACCGACACUUGGUGCUCGUCUGGUCAGUUCGACGCCAAUGGACAGAUGGUGCAAACUGGCGGAGACGCUGACGGACUGAUGAAGAUUCGUACUUUUGCUCCGUGCAACGACGGAAACUGUGAUUGGGUGGAGCAAGGAGCACAACUACAGAACGGGCGAUGGUACGCCACAAACCAAAUUCUUCCCGAUGGGUCCCAGAUCGUCGUGGGAGGACGAAGCGUCUUCACAAUUGAGUACGUCCCCGCCAACGGCCGCGGCACCUACUACCUGGACCUCCUCGAGAAGACAAACGAUGCGCAGCAGGACAACCUGUAUCCGUUCGUGCACCUACUGCCAAACAACCAGCUGUUCAUCUUCGCAAACAGAGAUUCGAUCCUUUACGAUUGGCAGUCCAAUACCGUGGUGAAGAAUUUCCCGACCAUCCCCGGGGAACCUCGCAAUUACCCUUCGGCUGGAAGUUCCGUGCUCCUCCCGCUCACGUCGGAUGGCGGGUUCAGCUGGCCAGAGGUUCUCGUUUGUGGUGGUGCGCAAUACGGGGCGUACAUGGGCGGCAACACUGCCGCUGAUGCUUCCCAAACAUGCGGUAGGAUUGCGCCUCUGGCAGACGACGCAAACUGGGCCAUGGAGUACAUGCCACAGAGGCGAACCAUGGGAGAUAUGGUGCUCCUGCCUACCCGCGAAGUGCUCAUCAUCAACGGAGCGGCGAAUGGCGCUCAAGGAUGGGGAGGCGCUUCGAACCCUGUGUUGGCGCCGGAUCUAUACAAACCUUACAAUGCCGAGGGGACGCGAUUCUCAACCCUGACGGGCACCGAUAUCCCUCGAGUCUACCACUCUACUGCAAACCUCUUGCAAGACGGACGCAUUUUGCUGGCGGGUAGCAACACGCAUCAGUUCUACACAUUGACUGGGUACCUCCCUACGGAACUGCGGAUCCAGGCUUACAGUCCCGAUUACCUAGGCGCCAACCCGCCGUCUUUCACGACGGUUCCUGGUGGUCUGGGUUAUGGAGUGGAUUUCACAGCCGUGGUGAAGGCGACGAAUCCGACUAAAAUUGAAUUGAACUUGAUCAGCGCGCCAUUCGUCACGCAUUCGUAUGCCAUGGGGCAAAGAUUGUUGCAAUUAGCAGUAACUGCUCCGGCGGACGAUGGAGCGGGAGGCUACAAUGUGUACUCGACGUCUCCUCCGUCGCAACAAGUUGCUCCUGCGGGAUACUACAUGCUCUUUCCGGUGGCGGAUGGCGUCGUUGGAUACGCAUGGUGGGUUAAGAUUGGAUAAAACCGUGAAUCGCCCACGUGACUGAUGAACAUCGAUUUCUGCAGCACGCUGGAUUCCUUCAUCAAUUGAAUAAAACUGUCGACGCUGACAUGAACCAUUUCAAAAAUGGAAGUUGAAGAUAUGAAUCAAUCCAUCAAUCCAUCAAUCACACUGCGACUGAGAAAUCAUCGGCUUAGAACAGUAUUUCGAGAAGAUUGGGAACCCUAGAAAAGAAGAAUCAAUAAGAUUGCGGCUCCGGACAACGAGAAGCCAGCCGAUCAUGUACAGUACACAUGUUCGAUUACUCUUCUGGGCGUUAUCGGCGAGUUCAACAGAUUAAAUGUAUAUUCAUGUACUCGUCAAUUUCCUUAACCUUUCUGUCAUCGAGUGUGGUAUUUCAAGUACCAGAUCAGAUACAGUAUUCUUCGGUUACUCAUUAGAAACGAUUAGUAAUCAAUAACGGCGAAUUGCCUUCACUCGAAUCUCCAUUGCAGAGAAUCUAGCGACUCAGUCGCGAGCCAUGAGAUUAGAUCUCUCUCAGAUGUCUAAACUUGGCGGACGUUAAUAUCAUUUACAUCAUCGGAUCCACAGUUGUGUUUCAUGUUCAAGCCUCAGCCUACUGGUGCUGAACAACCGCAACAAGUUCAGAUCCUUGAACAUUUUCA